GUGGGUGCUGGAUGGCUAGAUUUGCAUGCUUUAAAACAUUCCUAUGUAGUCUUGUUGCAUAAGCAAUGCCCGUAUCAUGGUGAGAGAAACUUACACAUUGCGAUGAGAGGUGAAUUGGUGGCUAUGCUGAAAUUGCACCAUGCAGAGAGACUCACAUGCAACCAAGUAUCUUGACCUUAUUAAGUGUCGUUGUCAUCAUUUGCUUUAACUUAUUCAUGUACCGUUGAAAUUGCACCACGCAGAGAGACUCACAUGCAACCAAGUAUCUUGAGCUUAUUAAAUGUCGUUGUCGUCAUUUGCUUUAACUUAUUCAUGUACCGUUGUGUGAUUGAUUAUGAAUAUUGUCGGUCACAUCAGCAUUCUGGAUACAUCUCCCUUUUUAUUUAUUCAAAUUGUUAGAUUCUCUUCACCAAAUAAAUGAUAACGAUUGACAAUAGUAAAAACAUGAAAAGGAAAGAUGAAUUCUCUUCUCAUUGACUCUUGAGUCUCCCUAUUCUUAUUUAGGUCUAGAUCAAGUCGUAUACGCAUAGAAAACAAGCAAGAAAGAAAGUAAUCAGUUACUACUGGUGCUGCUAUAAAACAUCAUCCUUCACCCCAAGCAGCCAAGGCAUCUGCGGGCACCGCCGUUCCGUUCCCUUCUGUUUCGUUGACGAUAGUUCAUCAUAUUCGCAUUCUUCCUCUUCCCGAUUCACGACAUCCGCACACCCAGCCUCGGGAUUGCAAUGACUAUCUAUUCGAUUUGUGGCUUGACAGAGUGAGCUUUAGCAAUUAACUUGGACAAUAUAUUCCCUCCCUCCCCGUAUGAAUAAUUCCUUCCAUAUUUUAUGCAUUAAACAAGUUGAAGAAACUGCUCGCAAGCUGAUGUCAAACGAUACCAACUUGUCCUUUCGACAAUAUUAAAAACACCAUUUGUCUCUGCAAGACUACUUCCUUCCUUCCCUCCUCAUCAGCUUCCAAGAUUCCAUCUCUUCCCUCUUGGUUCGGUCUCUGCUUUGCCUGUUCGAUUUCAUCAAGCUUUGUUUGUCUUUGUCUUCAUCGGAAUCGUAACCAUGAUACAAGAAACAAGAAGACUUGCAGAUGAGUAUGAGAUAUCAGAGAUUUUAGGCAGAGGAGGAUUCUCUGUGGUCAGAAAAGGCAUCAGCAGAAAGUCAAGCAGCAGCAGUGACAAAACCGAUGUGGCAAUCAAAACACUCAAAAGGCCGUUUGCACCCUCGAACCCUCCUCCUCUGCCGCCCCACGCCCGGCGGAACGACCAGAAUAGCUUUGCUGCUGCCGCUUUCCAAACCCGGAAGCAGGUGUCCAUAUCGAAUGUGCUGCUCACGAAUGAAAUCCUGGUGAUGAGGAAGAUUGUUGAGAAUGUGUCGCCGCACCCGAACGUGAUUGACCUCUAUGAUGUGUACGAGGAUGAGAACGGGGUUCACCUUGUGCUGGAGCUAUGUUCUGGAGGGGAACUGUUUGAUAGGAUUGUGAAGCAAGAAAGGUAUUCUGAGGUUGGAGCUGCAGCUGUGGUGAGGCAGAUUGCACAAGGCUUGGCAGCUCUUCACCGCUCGAAUAUUGUUCACCGGGAUUUGAAGCCGGAAAACUGCCUCUUCUUGGACAACACCGUUGAUUCUCCUUUGAAGAUUAUGGAUUUUGGGCUGAGUUCUGUGGAGGAGUUCACUGACCCUGUUGUGGGACUGUUUGGUUCCAUAGAUUAUGUGUCACCAGAGGCUCUUUCUCAGGGGCAAGUAACUUCCAAGAGCGAUAUGUGGGCUCUUGGUGUAAUCUUAUAUAUCCUUCUCUCCGGGUACCCACCUUUUAUUGCUCAGUCGAAUCGGCAAAAGCAACAGAUGAUUAUGGCUGGAGAAUUCAGUUUCUAUGAGAAAACCUGGAAGGGGAUUUCUUUGUCAGCAAAGCAAUUGAUUUCGAGCCUCCUCAAAGUCGACCCUGACAAGAGACCUAGUGCUCAAGAGCUUCUGGACCAUCCAUGGGUUGUCGGUCUUUCAGCCAGAGAGGAUCAAAUGGAUGCUGAGAUUGUAUCACGACUGCAGAGUUUUAAUGCUCGGCGCAAACUCCGUGCUGCAGCAAUAGCAAGCGUGUGGACAAGCUCGAUUUUCUUAAGGACAAAGAAGCUAAAAUCGUUACUAGGAUCCUAUGACCUUAAACCAGAGGAAAUCAAGAAUCUGAGUUCACAUUUUAAGAAAAUAUGUGUAAAAGGUGACAAUGCUACUCUUUCUGAAUUCGAGGAGGUACUGAAAGCAAUGAAAAUGUCGUCUCUAAUGCCUCUAGCACCCCGAAUCUUUGACCUAUUUGACAACAAUCGUGAUGGCACCAUUGACAUGCGAGAGAUACUGUGUGGGUUCUCUAAUCUCAAGAACUCACAAGGAGACGAUGCUCUCCGCCUGUGCUUCCAGAUGUAUGAUACGGAUCGGUCUGGAUGCAUCAGCAAAGAAGAAGUAGCAUCUAUGCUCAGGGCUUUACCAGAUGACUGCCUUCCAGCUGAUAUCACCGAACCUGGAAAACUAGAUGAAAUAUUUGAUCGGAUGGAUGCAAACAGUGAUGGAAAAGUUACCUUUGAUGAGUUCAAAGCUGCCAUGCAGAGAGAUAGCUCUCUCCAAGAUGUAGUCCUCUCCCAUCUUCGACCAAUAUAGUUUUCCCACUAUCCACAUUUGUCGCCGUUAACUUUUUCAGUAAACUGUGGAAUGUGUUUGGAAGACCAGUGACCAGAAAGCUGAAACUAAACUGUAUGCCAACUUCUGCCAUGCAAAAUAGGAGCACCUUGCUGCUUUAACUUACAGUGCAAGGAAAAUAGAAAAUCCAAGGUAUUCUACUUAGCCUGGUAAACUGAGGAGAAAAUUUCAGUAGCAUCAAUGACGAAAGCCGCUCCAAGUUCAUUUUAUCGUUUACGUUCUACAAGCCGUAGAAGAUAUUCUGUUUAGGGCUGAGUUUUUGUUUAGCAUUUAGGUGUUUUAUGUUAUCAAAGCAUGUACCAGAGUUAAGUGAAACUUACAUUAUCCGACUUGAAAGAACAAAUCUAAGCUGUGUUUUCCUUUCAAAGAAGAAAACAGUGCAUCUGCACACCAAACAAGGCAGAUAACACACAUAGCAAAUACUUUCGAA